AUGAAUCCCACUACCAACGUCAAAGUCAACCCCAAAUCCGGCAACCCCGUCUUCCCCGGCUGGUACGCCGACCCCGAAGCCCGCAUCUUCGACACCACCUACUGGAUCUACCCCACGACAUCCACCGUCUACGAAGCCCAAACCACCCUCGACGCCUUCUCCUCGCCCGACCUCCUCACUUGGACCCGCCACCCCCACGUCCUCAACAUCACCCGCAUCCCCUGGUCCACCAACCGCGCCGCCUGGGCCCCCUCCGUCGUCGCCGCCCAUAGCACCUACUACAUGUACUUCUCCGCCGGCGAUGGUGCUGGCAUAGGCGUCGCGCGCUCCGUCACCGGCCGCCCUGAUGGGCCCUUCGAAGACGCAAUCGGCAAACCCCUCGUCCCGAAGACUAUCCACGGUGCGCAGCCCAUCGACGCGCAGGUCUUUAUCGACGAUGAUGCCUCUGUCUGGUUGUAUUUCGGCGGCUGGAGCCACGCCGUAGUCGUGCCGCUCGCGUCGGAUAUGGUUUCCUUGGCGGGUGACUAUAAAGAAAUCACACCAAAGGGCUACGUCGAAGGUCCCUGGGUGUUGAAACGUAAGGGAAUAUACUACUUUAUGUAUUCCGUAGGCGGAUGGGGCGAUUCCUCCUACGGCGUCAGCUACGUCACCGGACCAUCUCCCACAGGCCCCUUCAGCACCACCCCACGGAAGAUCCUCCAAGGUGACGGCGUCGUCGGCGACAGCACCGGCCAUAACAGCGUCUUCACCCCCGACGGUGGUGAAACGUACUACAUUGUGUAUCACCGGCGGCCGGUGGGCGACACCGAGCGCGACCAUCGCGUGACUUGCAUAGACCGGAUGGAGUUCGAUGAGGAGGGUAAUAUCCUCCCUGUGAAGAUUACGGCUGGGGGGGUGGAGGGGAGGCUGUUGUGA